AUGGUCAACUGCAGCACCAUAGUGACGUUCAUCGUAGUGUACGGACACACCGUGCUAUUGAUUGCUACUUUUACGUCCAAUCCUCAUAGCUUCGAAAAGGCCUACGAGUCUGUCGCUCUUCGGAUUACGUUCAGCGGCCUGAACGUCGUCCAGGUGUUCUUCUUCAUCACCGGCAUGCUGCUCACACACUCCAAGCAGAUCUCCGCAGAGACGCACAAAGUUUCCUGGAAGAUGAUACCGAAAACCAUAUUCAAUAGGUGGUGGAGGCUAACGCCCUCAGCAGUUAUGAUGGUGGCCUUCUCCGCGACCUGGAUGCGCCACCUCGGUAGCGGACCGCUGUGGAAAACCGUUAUCACCGGCGGCACCUCGGGCCAGUGCCGUCGCUUCUUCUGGGCACACUUGUUCUACUUCAACAACUACAUUCCCGAAGACACGUUAUGUUCUCUGCAGACAUGGUACAUUGCCACGGAUAUGCAGAUAUAUAUCGUUGGAGUUAUAACUCACUUCGCGAUCAGAAAUCGAAGUGGGUGCAUUAAAGAAAUAACUCUGACGUCACUCCUUCUGUUGUCGAUGGCGAGCCCUGCACUGCACGUGUGGUGGCAGGAUAUUGAGGCUUUUGCUAUGCAGACACCUGAAUUAUAUCGUACAAUAAGUGACGUGAACUUUCGCAAUGAACACGUCUUGGGGCACAACAAUCUGUCCGCUUUCAUCAUCGGCUUGGCCACGGGAUACCUGAUCUACUACUUGCAACAGAAAAAAGUGGAAUAUCCGAACUUCAAGAUUGGUAGGUUCUUGAGCUGGUUCACGAUACCAACGUACCUCUUCUUGCUGUACUGUGGCAGCUUGUUCUACCACGACGGUAAACGACCGUCUCUGGCGCUGCGGGUGCUGUACGCAGCGACCAAUCGAGCUAUUAUUGGACUUAUUGCUACAUAUGUGAUAGUAGCAGUUACAUUAAAGUUCAAUGGAUUCACAAAGGCGUUACUGGAACAGCCAAGCUGGGUGGUUCCAAGCAAAUUGACCUACUGCGUAUAUCUGCUACAUAUGCUAGUCUUAGACUAUGGAUUAGGAGUGAAAACUCAGCUGACUCCUGUUUCUUUUUUUAAUACGUUCUUCAUGACCAUUGGAGUCUUCGUGGCCUCUUUCGUGAUUGCAGUACCCUUCCACCUUCUCAUCGAGGCGCCGACAAAUCGUCUCAUGAAACUAUCGUCCAAUGCAAAGACUGUUAAAAAGUUGGAUUAG